GUGGCAUCUAGUAGCUCCCUUUCUGUGGUCAGGGGACGUCUCAAGCCCACCUCAGGCCUGCGCGCUCUCGAGGGCUAGUGUGGGUUUCCUGCAGUGGUGGGAGGGGAAGAAAGACUCCUCUCUCUGUUUUUUUUCCCCGGGGAAGUUGAUGCCUUUGUUUGAGGAAACAGGCUACAGUCGACUCUCCUUUUCAGGGUCUAUUCGCUGCUUAAACCAAAACGAUGCAGACAGGCGUAAAUUUGUCUGCGCUUGUGUUCCUUGUUCCUCGGGCCUGGAGGGUCCUGGGUUGUUGUCACACAACUUUUAGGGUUUGGGCUAGUGUGAUAGGUGUGAUUAUGUUUUUUGACUCAAGGUUUGUUAGAUUUCCUUUAAUUAUGAAGCUGGUGUAACGAAAUUGGAGACUUCCUAGCUAUCCAAAGUUGUUAUUCUCCCUCACCCCCCAUAUGGCAGAUUUUGUGGAUAUUUUGGGAGAUAAAAACAAAUGGAGAGUCUUGUUUACAUGAGAUGAUAGCUAGUUUGUUAUGGAAAAACUAGUGGUCACCAAGUGGACCAAAACCAUCUCAUUUAGGAAGGUACGUGGGAAACGACUGCAAAAAGAGCGAGAAUGGAUCAGAACUACGUGAACGAGGAAGUGGCUGGCUUACUUGUGGAUGUUAUAAGUAAACCAGGAUUUCAUUUUCAAGAUGGAAAGCCCAUCAGACUCAGCUGUGAUUUCACCUCUCACGCCGCAGGCGUGUGCCAGGCCACCGUCUCCCCAUACCAGUAGUUCAAGAAAACAACCUAUGAGCGCAACACUUAGAGAACGAUUAAGGAAAACCAGAUCUUCAUUUAAUUCCUGUUACAGUGUGGUGAAACGUCUCAAAGUAGAGAAUGAAGGAGAUGAUCAGAACUUUUCAGAGAAACCACCAACUUCAGUAGAAGAAAACUCUGUGGAAUUCCGAGAAGAUGUUAAACGCAUAGACAGUGAAUUUGAAGAAAAUACCUAUUUGAAAAAUACCUUCAAGAAUAUCAGUGCGUGUGAAUCUGAGUCACUCCAUGCUGGGUCAUGCAGUGGGGAUCUCCAAAAUGACUUUGUGAAUGAGGAUCCUCCCAAAGAAGGAUUAAAUGAAGAAAAAGCAAAAUUGGUGAAGCAGAUUCAGGAGAAAGAGGACCUUCUUCGGAGGCUAAAACUAGUCAAAAUGUACAGAUCAAAGAAUGACCUGUCUCAGUUACAGUUGUUAAUAAAGAAGUGGAGAAGCUGUAGCCAGCUGUUGCUUUGUGAGUUGCAGUCAGCUAUGUCCGAGGAGAACAAGAAACUCAGCCUUACUCAGUUGAUAGACUACUAUGGCUUAGAUGAUAAAUUGCUACACUAUAACAGAAAUGAAGAAGAAUUUAUAUAGGUGUUUAAUUCCUAAUUUUUUUCCUCCAGAAUAUCUUUGAGAAUGACAACUUAAAAGAUACUUAAUACAUUUUAAAGGAAAAAUAUAAACCAUUAGGGCUUAAAGAAAUGUAUCUUGAUGAACAUCAAUUUAGGGCAAUCUGUUACAUAAAUAUAAACUAAGUUCUAAAAUGAAAAUUUGAUAUUUUGUAUAAAUUUGCCAAAGAAAACUUGACAUUUUAGAAAUGUGAAAAAAAAUUGUCAGGUUUAAAAAAAUAAAUGUGACAAUUCUGAAAAUCAGUUUUAAUACAUUGUUUUGCUUAUUGUGGUAAAAAAAGUUUUAUUUUAAAUGUUAAAAAAUAGUCCAGUCUGGUAAAUGUCUAAACUAAAAGUGGUCUAAAAAUACCUGCCUCUCUGCUAAGUUUAUGAACCCUUUUCCAUCCAUUUACCACGUAUUUCCAUCUUGCUGGUCUAGCGGGUAAUUAAACUUGUAUGUCCAAAAUUGUAUCUUUCCUGUCUCUCCAAAUUUGUUUCU